UAGCGGCGGACUUUGCCGGGAUCCAAGAUGGCGGCGGCCGUGGUCGGAGUCUCCUUGAGGCGCCGCGUCCCCGGGCCGGUGCUGAGGGUGGCCGCGCUGCAGGUCUGCCGCGGGGCACAGACAGCAGCUGCUGCAGCUCCCGCUCCCCAGACAGAGCCACGGAUCAAGAAAUUUGCUAUCUACAGAUGGGAUCCAGACAAGUAUGAGGACAAGCCCCACAUGCAGACCUAUGAGAUUGACUUGAAUAAGUGUGGGCCUAUGGUGCUUGAUGCUCUGAUCAAGAUAAAAAAUGAGAUGGAUGCCACCUUGACCUUCCGUAGGUCAUGUAGGGAAGGUAUCUGUGGCUCGUGUGCUAUGAACAUCAGUGGUGGCAACACCUUGGCCUGUACUAAAAGAAUCGACACCAACCUUGACAAAGUCACUAAAAUCUACCCUCUGCCCCACAUGUACGUGGUGAAGGAUCUUGUUCCAGACUUGAGCAACUUCUAUGCACAGUACAAAUCCAUUGAGCCUUACCUGAAGAAGAAGGAUGAAUCCCAGCAGGGUAAAGAGCAGUACUUGCAGUCCAUAGAAGAUCGCCAGAAACUGGAUGGGCUGUAUGAGUGCAUUCUGUGCGCCUGCUGCAGUACCAGCUGUCCCAGUUACUGGUGGAACGGAGACAAAUACCUGGGCCCUGCAGUACUGAUGCAGGCAUAUCGGUGGAUGAUUGAUUCCAGAGACGACUACAGAGAAGAGCGGCUGGCACAGCUUCAGAACCCAUUUUCCCUCUACCGCUGCCAUACGAUCAUGAACUGCACAAAGGCCUGCCCCAAGGUGCGUUCCCCCCCAACCCUUGCUAGGGCAACUAGAAAGCAUGUGCAGACCAUGGUUUGAACCCUGGAAAAGCAAUUGCUGAGAUCAAGAAAAUGAUGUAAACUUAAAAAUAGAAGGCAGCAAGUGCACUAUGCCAUUGCCCAGUCAGGGCUCUGACACGCACAUACCAUACCGAAGUGUAAUUUGUAUCUGAAAUCAGAGGACACGGUUCCCACAGGGCUUGUUUUUUUCACUGCUGUGCAUGUACAAUAAAUGUUAUUAAGAACAAGCCACUGGUGCCUGCUUUCAUUAACAGAACUGAACUAACUUUCCCUUCUUCCCUUCUGUCUCUUGGCUGAACAGGUAAAUUCCAACUGGAAUCUGAAGCCAGUUGUUUUUGGUGUGUGCAGCUUACAGAAGCACUAGAGUUAGACUUUGCUCCCACAUUUUGCCCACCCGGUGCCAGAAGCUGUCGGUUCUAGCCUGACACCAAAGCAGAAAUAGUUCAAAGAUGCAAUUAAUCUAAUAACAUUCAUUUUGGUAAUAAAACCACUGCUUGGGUUAAAGGCGAGGUGCAGAUCUUCAGGGAGGGGGUGUGUGUGUGUGAACAGAAAUGAAGUAUGUGAAGAUUCACCAGCCUAGAGACUUCUUAGGUCCGGGGGAAGACUCUUCACUGAUUUCAGUAACUAGGUUAAACCUGGGGUGCCCGAUGCAAGCACAGGAAAGGAGUGGAAGCACAGGAAGUAAACACCAUUUCCCUUUAAACAUGCACGCGGCGUGCUUGUUUAAACAUGUUGCAGCACAUUGCCAAAGAAAAGAGGCAGCAGGGAGGGGACUUUUAACACAUCACUGCCCAUAUAUGAAACAGUCAUUUCUUGUUAAAUCUCUGAAGUAUGUACGCUAUAAUAUGAAUUACCUGUUUCCUCCAGUCUAGUCCAAGCUGAUUUUGUGCCCCAACAGGCUUACUGAAAUAUAGUGCCAUCAACAUAGGGUGCCGGGAUGUCAUUCAGACCGGUGCAGGAAGAGGUUUGCUUGCUGCUGUUCUGCUAAGAGGGACAUCUUGAAUACGCUGGAUUCAGCCCCAUUUGGGUGGUGUAGCCUAUAAUCCUCAGUUUGUUCAACCUCACUGCAGACCAUACUUUAAAAGAUGAACAGAUAACAGUAAAAUAUAUAUAUAUGUUGACUUCCUGAAUUCAAGCAGGUGAUUGUGAAAUGGCAGCAAUGGUGAAAUAAAGAUAACUGAAAGAACCAA